AUGGAAAAAUUUAUAAUAAUUAAAGAUGAAUCACAAACAUGUAAACGCUUUGGUGUAUCAGCCAGAGCUUUGGAGUUUAGAAUUAAAGAGAUCUCAGAAGGUGCCGAUCCAGUAGCAUGGGUAAAAGAGGCUAUCAACCAAAUUGUUCGUAAAGGAACUGAAGAAUUGUCGCCCGAAGCUUAUGUAGGCUUCACUUUCUGCUCCAAAGACCUCGCUAAAGGACAAGGAUGGAUUAAUUUCAAGAAAGCCAAAGAUGUGUCUAUUAAUGACGUGUGGGAUACUAUAUCUUCCAUCUAUCAAUCCAACUCAACGGGAUUUAGCACAGAAACAUUUUGUUUGAAAAUUACUUCAAAUUUGUUACUGUUUGAAACAAUGGAAAAGUUUUUGGUAACCAAAAAUAUUGUUAAGAAAGUUCGUAAAUUUGGUUUAACAGGUAGACAUAUAGAGUUUAAGAUUCGCCCGGCUCCCGAAGACUAUGAUCUAUUAAAAUGGAUCAAACACGGUCUUAAGGGCGUUGUCGCUAGAGUAACUGAAGGAACGUUUUGUCUCGGGGCAACAACUGUAAAAAUGCCUAGCGGUAAAGGUAAUUUGCGUGGGCGUAAAUAUAACAACUUUGACGAAGAAUGUGCUCGUCGUAGUGGUAUUAUAACAAUAGUUAAUAAAGACCACCUAUGCCUGGCUAGAGCCAUAGUUGUGGCCAAAGCAUAUGUUGAUAAUGACCCCGACAAAACGAAGCUUCGUAAAAUUACGGGGCUUCAGACGCAAAAAACUCUAGAGCUAUUAGAAUCUAGUGGUAUCGAGAUACCCAAAGAGGGUGGUGGUAUACCAGAAUUGAAUAAAUUUCAAGAAUAUUUGACAGACUAUACUUUAACUGUUUACAACUAUGGUGCAAAAGGUCGUGAUUUCGUGUUUGAAGGAAUAGGUGGCUGUAAGAAAAUUAAUUUGCUGUAUCACGAAAAUCACUAUAACGUAAUAAUUUCUUUAACAUCUGCUUUUUGCUGUUCAUAUUUCUGCGAAAAUUGUCACAGCCCCUACACACACAAGACCUCACACCUCUGUGAAAGAAAUUGUCCUGCCUGUGAACAAGUUCCACCUUGUACUUUUAGCACAAAAAUUGUGUGCACCAACUGUAAUCGCUAUUUUAGAGGGCAAAAUUGUUAUGCUUAUCACAUUCAGACUAAACUCUGCGACCGGGUGGUAGCUUGUACAUUAUGCCUAAAAACUUUUAGGAAAGAUAGAGUACAUACAUGUGGUGAGAUUUUCUGUAAAGUGUGUAGAGAAUUUAAACCCUCUCCCCACAACUGUUACAUGCCAAUAGAUACACAUAAACCCACAAUGGACGGUACUCUCUUCAUAUUUUACGACCUCGAGUGUACACAAGAAGAGGUUAUGCCUGACGGUACUCAUCGUCAUAACUGUAAUUUGUGUGUGUUUGAACAACACUGUGCACUAUGUAUAGGUACAGAUAUAAAAUGGUGUGAUUGUGGUGUUAGAUACCAAGUUCUAAAAAUAGACCCCGUUGCUCGUUUUAUGGAAUAUGUAUUAAACCAGCGCACUCUAUUCAAGAAAAUCAUCGUAGUUGGUCAUGCAGGUGGACUCUACGAUAAUCAGUUUAUGUUAAAUCAUAUAAUGACAAAGACAGAUCUCACACCUGAACUAAUUACACGAGGAACAAAACUAUUACAAUUAAAAGUGGGUAACGUCAGUUUUAUCGACUCGCUAAAUUAUUUUCCGAUGCCUCUAGCAAAGUUACCCAAAGUCUUUGAUUUAAAAAAUAUAAAAAAAGGGUACUUUCCACAUUUAUUUAAUAAAAAAGAAAAUUGGAACUAUAUUGGUCCGUUACCUGCUCUCGAAUACUAUGACCCUGACAGUUUAAAAUAUGUUCCAAAAUUAGACGAGAAAGAGGAUGCUAGAAAUCAACUUAUAUCCUGGGACAAAGGUCUCUCUGAGCAAAACUACGUUUUUGAUUUCCAAAAAGAAAUCAUAGCGUACUGCAUUGACGACGUCAGUAUUCUCGCUCGCUCAUGCUUGAAAUUCAGAGAUUUGCUUUUAAAAGAAGGAGGGGUGGAUCUUUUUACAGAAGCUAUUACUCUACCCGGGGCGUGUAAUAAGAUAUUCCGCAGAAAUUUUUUGAAGCCAAAUACCAUCGGUCUGAUUCCAAAGAAUGGCUAUAGGUGUCGGGAUAAACAAUCAAAGAUAGCAAUUCAAUGGCUGAUUUGGGAAGAACGGCAGAGAGGUAUAAAAAUAGAACACGCAUCUCGGGGCAGAGAAGUUGUUAUUAACGGUCUUAAGUUGGACGGGUACUGUAAUACCACACGAGAAGUCUUUGAAUUUGAGGGUUGUUACUUUCAUGGGUGUCCAAAAUGUAUUAAAUACAAACGUGGCACACCUACCUAUGAGGAUCCAUCCCUCACAUAUGAACAACGUUACGAAGCAACCUCGGCAAAAAAUGAAAAAUUAAGACAGUUAGGUUACGAAGUGCUUGUGAAAUGGGAGUGUGAUUUUCGUCGGGAGAUGUCCGAAAAUUCUGAAAUCAGCAAAUAUACUGAAAAACACCCUCUCUUUUCACAAACACCUCUAGAGCCUCGUGACGCUUUUUACGGUGGGCGAACAGACGCCACAAAAUUAUAUUAUUCUUGUAAGGAAGGGGAGAAAAUAAAUUAUCGGGAUAUUUGCAGCCUCUAUCCGUACAUAAACAAAUAUGGAAAAUACCCCAUAGGUCAUCCAGAGGUUUAUGUGGGAGAAGCAUGUUAUGCUUUAGAUCUAAAGACUACAAAUGGAUUAAUUAAAUGUAAAGUGUUACCACCUACAAAUCUCUAUCAUCCCGUUCUUCCAUAUAAAACAAACAAUAAAUUAAUUUUCCCUCUAUGCCGUACUUGUUGUGAAAAUAUGUUAAAGGAAGAGUGUAGUCAUGCGGACGAAGAGCGUGCAAUUACGGGGACUUGGGUAAUGGACGAGGUGACAAAAGCUUUGGAAAAAGGCUAUAAAAUAUUAGAUAUAUAUGAAAUUUGGGAAUAUGAAACGGUACAGUACGAUCCUUCCACAAAGUCUGGCGGUCUUUUUGCUGAAUAUAUUUCUAAAUUUUUAAAAAUAAAACAACAAGCUAGCGGGUGGCCUCCAGAGUGUAAGACUGAUGAAGACAAAAAGAUGUAUAUAAAAGAAUAUUUUGACAGAGAGGGAGUAGAGCUAAACCCCGAUGAAAUUGAGUACAAUUCUGGGCGUAGACAAGUCGGCAAAUCUAUAAUUACUAGCUUCUGGGGAAAACUUGGACAAUUAGAGAACCAGAGCAAAUGUUCUAUUGUUAAUGACCCAGCAGAACUAUUAGAUAUUCUGUCACAGCCUUACAAAGAAGUUAACCAUAUAUUCCCAGUUAACGAGAACACUCUCAUCGUUAACUGGUCCUUUAAAGAUGAGGCAUACACUUCUCUACCGACCAAACUAGGUGAUAGAGUAAUGUACCACGAUACUGAUUCUGCUAUCUACGUCUCGCGCCCUGGAGAUACGUAUGAAGUACCCAUUGGAAGCUAUCUCGGCGAGAUGACGGACGAGCUAGCUGAAUACGGUGAGGGUAGUUAUAUUACAGACUUUGUCUCAGGCGGCCCUAAGCUCUAUGUUUAUAGGGUUUAUUCAACAGAUAAAGAUAAAACCAUUGAUAUUAUAAAAGUUAAAGGGAUAACACUUAAUUAUAGCACACAUAAACAAGUAAAUUUCGAUAAAUUAAAAGAUAUGGUCCUUAACGAUGCCACCGAAGAGUACGUAACUACUCGAAAUAUAUUAAGAAAUACCAACCAUUCUGUCGUCACCAAAGAGGUAACUAAAGUAUUCCGCACCACUUUUACUAAACGGAAACGAAUUGAAAACUAUGACUCUGUUCCUUAUGGAUACAAACGGCAAUGCAUCUAG